CACAUCGUUCCGUCGAUGAAUCUAAAUGAAGAUAGUGUUAAUGCGAUGUGCACCCGGAUAUGCUUGUGUGUUCUCUGCGGUUUACCUGCAGCAGGAAAGUCGACGCUUGCACAGGCGGUCAACUCUCACUCUGUCCAACGAGGCUGGAGGUCCGCUGUCAUUUCUUACGACGACCUGAUUCCCGGUGACGCUUUCAAUGUGAAGGAAGUCGAGGAUGAGGAGGAUAUUCCGCGAUCGCAGACGCAGACUGAAUGGAAAUGUCACAGACAAGUGGUGCUGCGGUGUGUUGAACAGUUCCUACAGAGUCCCACAGAGCAGCUACCACCAAUCAUCUACCAGAUCAACAGGGAUGCCCGGAGUCGUCUCCUUCACGCCGCUCAGGUCUGCGGGACACCGGCGGGCUCUUCUCCGUUCUGCGGGACACCGGCGGGCUCUUCUCAGGUCUGCGGGACACCGGUGGGCUCUUCUCAGGUCUGCGGGACACCGGAGGGCUCUUCUCAGGCUUACCCAUCACCUUCAGAUCGACCACCGCCGCCACUCGUCAUUCUGCUGGACGACAACUUCUACUAUCCAAGCAUGAGAUACGAGGUGUACCAACUGGCCAGAAAACACUCUGUGGGAUUCUGUCAGGUGUACGUCCACUGUCCCGUGGAGUCGUGUGUCAGGAGAAACCAGCUGAGGCCCCAGCCGUUACCCAGUGAUGUUAUAGUAGAGAUGGCCAAGCGCAUGGAGCCUCCAAACCCUCAGAGAAACCCAUGGGAGCAGAACAGUGUCACUCUGGACAGCGAACACCACUUCACCAUAGAAUACAUCCAAAGGUUGGUGAAGGUGAUCUCUACUGCGUUGGAGAACCCACUGAGUCCAGUCCAGGACAACGCUGAGCAGAAGGAGGCUGACCGUCAGAGCUGUGUGUCCAGUGUGGUCCACCAGGCUGACCAGGCCUGCAGACGCCUGGUCUCACAGGCCAUGCAGGAAGCCAGAGAACAUCAACUUCCCCCAGAGAGGAUGAGGUCUCUGGCAGCCGACUUCAAUGAAUCCAAAACCAGAUUUCUCCAGGACCUGCGGAGACAAGUUCUCCACGGCCUUCCCUUAACCCAGGGAGAGGGCGUGGAGGUGGAACGGGUUGUGGACAGAGCCGUGGACGUCUUCAACAAAGAGAAACAGGAAAUCAUUGCAAGAUACCUUCCUCCUUAUGACAGAAUAAAAUGACACAGAAAAUGAGGGAUAGAUGAUCGCCGUUAUGUAACUUUCAUUGAUUCUAUGUAAAUAGUCAUACAUAUUGACGUUAGUAAUUACAUUUAUAUAUUUUUCUGACAAAACGUCCAACCUGUUAGGUGCAUAUACAGGGUGGAACCUAGCAAGGUGGAACCUAACAGGGUGGAAAUGUGGAGGCUAACUUAGCCGUAGCACUGGGUGGAACAUAGCAAGGUGGAUCCUAGCAAGGUGGAAAUGUGGAGGCUAACUUGGCCGUAGCACUGGGUGGAACCUAGCAAGGUGGAAAUGUGGAGGCUAACUUAGCCGUAGUACUGGGUGGAACCUAGCAAGGUGGAAAUGUGGAGGCUAACUUAGCCGUAGCACUGUGUGGAACCUAGUAAGGUGGAAAUGUGGAGGCUGACUUAGCCGUAGCACUGGGUGGAACCUAGUAAGGUGGAAAUGUGGAGGCUAACUUAGCCGUAGCACUGGGUGGAACCUAACAAGGUGGAAAUGUGGAGGCUAACUUAGCCGUAGCACUGGGUGGAACAUAGCAAGGUGGAACCUAGCAAGGUGGAAAUGUGGAGGCUAACUUAGCCGUAGCACUGGGUGGAACCUAGUAAGGUGGAAAUGUGGAGGCUAACUUAGCCGUAGCACUGGGUGGAACAUAGCAAGGUGGAAAUGUGGAGGCUAACUUAGCCGUUGCACUGGGUGGAACCUAGUAAGGUGGAAAUGUGGAGGCUAACUUAGCUGUAGCACUGGGUGGAACAUAGCAAGGUGGAAAUGUGGAGGCUAACUUAGCCGUUGCACUGGGUGGAACAUAGCAAGGUGGAACCUAGCAAGGUGGAAAUGUGGAGGCUAACUUAGCCGUAGCACUGGGCGGAACCUAGCAAGGUGGAAAUGUGGAGGCUAACUUAGCCGUAGCACUGGGUGGAACAUAGCAAGGUGGAAAUGUGGAGGCUAACUUAGCUGUAGCACUGGGUGGAACAUAGCAAGGUGGAAAUGUGGAGGCUAACUUAGCCGUAGCACUGGGUGGAACCUAGCAAGGUGGAAAUGUGGAGGCUAACUUAGCCGUAGCACUGGGUGGAACCUA